ACGUGCACUGGUGGAAUUACAAGCACUUUUUCCUGCUGAGUCAACCUUUGGCUUAUUUAUUCUGGAGUUUCCACUCAUCUUUGCCAAAUUAGUAUUUUUCCUUGAGUUUUUUUUCUCUCUCAGUUGAACUAAGUUUUAAUCAGUCGCUUGAGUUUUUUUUUUCUCUCUAUCUGUCGCUUAACUCUUCCCGACUACCGGGUGCCGAGAAGCGCCUCCUCCUCCAUCUCCAUUCCUGCACUGCGAUAUGAUAGCGCAACAUAACACAUUUAAAUGGAGUUAUAAGUUGAAACGCGGUCUUAUUCAGACUAACUGCAUCAGUUUGUGACUGAGACAUUCACCUGACUGAAAGUUUGCAUCGCGCCGAGGGCUUCCUGAGAAAUACUCUGCAAAUACUGCAAUGGCUUCCAGUAUAAUCGUGGAACAUCAAAUUUCUCACAAAUUCACUGUGACAGUGGUUCGUGCUGAAAAUGUUACCAAAGGAGCACUGGGGGACUUAUUGGAUACUCCAGAUCCAUAUGUGGAGUUGUUCAUCCCAACGGCCCCGGAGAGCAGGAAGAGGACUAAGCACAUAGACAAUGAUAUCAACCCAAAAUGGAACGAAACGUUUAAUUUUAUUUUAGACCCCAACCAGAAUAAUGUCCUGGAGCUAACGUUAAUGGAUGCCAAUUAUGUGAUGGAUGAGACACUUGGGACGGCAUCCUUUGAGAUCUGCAACCUCAAAGUGGGACAGAAAACGCUGGAAAUUUUCAGUUUUGGAAAAGCAACCAAAGUACACUUGGAGAUGACAGUGGAAAUCUGCACAAAUUUGGACCUAAGGUUUAGCCUGGCCCUUUGUGACAAAGAGAAGCAGUUCAGAAACUCCCGCAGAGACAGAGUGAUGCUUGGCAUUAAGAAGCUCCUUGACAUGGAGAAGCCUCGUUUCCUCCCCAGCUCUCCGGUGGAGGUUCCAGUGAUAGCCAUAGCUGGCUCCGGAGGGGGUUUCCGUGCAAUGGUUGGGUUUUCUGGAGUGAUGAAAGCCCUGUUUGAGUCUGGAGUCUUGGACUGUGCCACAUACAUUGCAGGCCUCUCUGGAUCCACAUGGUACAUGUCCACACUCUACUCACAUCCUGACUUUCCAGACAAGGGUCCAAAGGACAUCAACAAUGAGCUGAUGAAGAGGGUCAGCAGUAACCCACUCCGGCUGCUGCUGCCCCAGCACAUCACCAACUAUAUCCAGGCUCUGUGGACCAAAAAGGCAUCGGGGCAGCCAGUUACGUUUACCGAUAUUUUCGGUAUGCUCAUAGGAGAGACGCUUAUACCUGCGAGGAUGGAUAUCAAGCUAAGUAAAAUCCAGGACAAAAUCAACCAGGCCCAGAGCCCUCUACCUCUCUUCACAUGUUUACACGUCAAGCCAGAUGUUUCCGAGCUCAUGUUUGCAGACUGGGUGGAGUUCAGCCCGUAUGAAAUCGGAAUGGCAAAGUACGGUACUUUCAUGACGCCUGACCUGUUUGGAAGCAAGUUCUUCAUGGGGUCUGUCGUGAGGAAGUAUGAGGAGAACCCUCUUCAUUUUCUGAUGGGUGUGUGGGGAAGUGCCUUCUCCAUUCUGUUCAAUCGAGUGCUGGGAGUCAAGGACACAGUCGGAGGCAGCACCAUGGAGGAGGAGUUAGAGCAUAUCAAACCCCAGCACAUCGUUGGAGAAGACAGCCUUGACAAUGACGAUGAACCUAGAAAGGGUGGAACAGAAAACCAGGAAGCAGAGGACGAGUUUCACCGCACUGCUCAGGCCAGCUGGGUUCAGCGCAUGUUCACUUCGCUCUUUAGUGACUCUGCCCUGUUCAAUACAAGAGAAGGUCGGGCUGGGAAGGUGCAUAACUUCAUGCUGGGCCUUAACCUGAACACCACCUACCCCCUCUCUCCUGUAACCGAAAUACCUUAUUCCCAACAACCUCCUGAGGAGGAAGUAGAUGCUGUAACAGAUCCAGACGAGUUUGAUCGCAUCUAUGAACCUCUGGACGUGAAGAGUAAGAAGAUCCAUGUUGUAGACAGCGGCCUGACCUACAACCUUCCCUACCCACUCCUCCUGCGGCCUCAGCGCGGCGUUGACCUCAUCAUCUCAUUUGAUUUUUCUGCUCGACCGAGCGACUCCAGCCCUCCAUUCAAGGAGCUGCUGCUGGCAGAAAAAUGGGCCAGAAUGAACAAGCUCCCGUUCCCUAAGAUUGACCCUAAAGUGUUUGACCGUGAGGGUCUGAAGGAAUGCUACGUCUUUAAACCCAGGAAGGGAGAGAAGAACUGUCCAACUGUGAUCCACUUUGUCUUGGUCAACAUUAACUUCAGGCAAUUCAAAGCCCCCGGGGUUCCCAGAGAAACUGAGAAGGAGAAGGAGAUGGCAGAUUUUGACAUCUUUGACGAUCCGGAGUCACCAUUUUCCACUUUCAACUUCCAGUACUCCAACGAGGCUUUUACCCGGCUUCAUGACCUGAUGGAGUUCAACACCCUAAACAACCUUGAGGUUAUUAAAGAGGCCAUCAAGGACUGCAUUUUGGCACGGAAGGAGUGUCCCGCAAGCCUCUCCGCUACCUUCUCCCUCAGCGAGAUCCCGAAAAAGAAGUUUUCCCAAAGAGGUUCAGACUCAAAACCCUAUAAUCUCCUCGCAAAUGACCCCCAGUAGUUCCAGGAUAAGACUACGGAUAAACAGACUUCAUAAAUAUACUUGUAUCCUGAUCUACAGGAUGGCUUGAGGCAAGACUUGAGAAAAGUGUCAUUUUUUUAUGGAAGCUUCCUGGUGAAAGCUUUGUGAUUGCACUCCCUUGCAGCAGCAUCCUAAUCUGGUUUUAUGUUCAUACAUGGUUUAUGUAUGAACAUAAAACAGUUUUAUUGUUUCAACUCAACAGUCAAUGUUGUUGGGGAGAUCUCUUCCCUGGUUUUAAUGCCCACCGAUGAUCUCAAACCAUGCAUCUUUUUUUUUUAAAUCUUUUCCUUCAUUUUUACUGCAUCUUAUAUUUCUGGCAAAGUUUCAACACUGCCAAUCCUUUGCGGUGCAUAUUUUUGUCUUUAGGCCACACCAGAACUUCAUUUGCAUCUUUCCAGAGAAGUUAUUUGGCAUCCUGCCGCUUGUAAAUUCUGCUGUCAUCGUUCCAUUUAGAAGCCUCAUUUAUGAUUUACCGUUUUUGUGGGCUGAACUCCUUUCGAACCGAAUGUGUGGCUACAGAUCCUGUAAAUGUUUUGUUUGUUGUUUUUUUUGUAUUUUUGUUACAUAUUUUGUUUCCAGUCAUAGAGUUGUCUUGACUUGUAAUCGUGUGUAAAAACGUUGACGAGGAGCUCAUAACUUUUUCUUGUGUUUGAUGGUAUCUCUUAAACACGCAACCCGCACCCCCUCUGGAUAUUUCAAACAUUUAGAGGAUGUUUACCCACCUACGUAGUGGGAGCACUCCCUGCUGCCCGGAAGGGAGUGUCAAAUUAAACCCACCAUUUUGGAAAAAACAAAAUCCGUUGCCUUAGUAACAUCUUCUUCUUCUUUUUUUUUCCAUCUCAGUGUCAGGGUAAAGAUGUUUUUAUUCACCUGACCAUUUUACGUAAAGAUACAGACCAUCUCUAGCUCCCAAAAGAAAACAAAAAAAAAACUGCACCGCUGGACUUUAAACUUUGGAGCGGUGUAUGCAAUUAAAAGAUCUGAUCGCAUCUUUUACAACUCUCUCUCUAUAGCACCGGGUGGAAUUUUACACACUACACCUACACCUGGAGCAAUAAAGGCCUGGAAUCUGACACACUACACCUAAUGCCUGCAGGGGCCUGAAAGGCUGCGCACACGGAGGGGAGGAAUUUUUCAGCGAGGCACCUCCAAGCUCCCCGCGCUCGCGUGUUAGCCGUGGCCGUUUGGAAACAAACUGAGACGACGCAUGAAGGGCAGAGUCACGCUUCAGGGGAUGCGUGAUCAGAGAAUUGUUUCUUUUUUUUAAUAUAAUUUCUAGACAAUUUGUGUCUUUCUUUUACUUAAUUUAUGUUUUUAAAAGUUCUGCGUGUUUGUUAAAGAAAUGAAUGACUUUUUUUGGGGGAAAAUCUUUCAUUCACUUUCUCAUAUAGAUUCAGACGACCUUUCGUAGGUCUAGUGCCUUUGAGGAGUCUUUGAACUGUAAAACGUAAUCUGGGACUGCUUCUGCUUUGAACUGUAAAACUGGGGGGUCUUUUCAACAUAAAGUAGUAAAGUGAAAUAGAAGGAAACUUAUACAUGUGUUUUCAGCUUUUCUACAAAAAAAAAGUAAAACUGUGCUGUGUAUUUUUAUUCAACCCACCUGAUGUAAUAUCUGGUAGUACCUAUCAUUGCUGUGUUACAUCUGUAACUCUUUUGGUGUUUUCCUUUGUUACCUUUGAUAGACUUUUCACACCUAGAGAUUGGAUCUAGAGUAUCCGUGAAAAUCAUUUUUCAAAUCUUGCUACAGAUUCAAUUAGAUUUAGAUCUGGGCUUUGACUAGACCAUUCCAAGAUAUGAAUAUCUUUUGAUCUGAGCAUGAGCACUGGGUGUAUGUUUAAGGUUAUCGUCCUGCUAAAAAAUGAACCUCCACCCUGAUCGCAUGUAUUUUGCAGCAUCUAAACCGAUUUUCUUCCUGGAUUGCCCCACCUUUAUGUCCAUCUGUUAUCCCAUCCAUUCUUACUAACUUUCCGGUCCCAGCUGAAGAAAAGCAUCCCUACAGCAUGAUGCUGGUGGGUUUAGGCAUACUUUUUUUUUUCCACACUUAGUGUCUUGCAUGCAGGCUAGAGAAUUAGGUUGUGGUCUCAUCUGACCAGAACGUCCUCUUUCACGUGUUUGCUUCGUCUCCUGCAUGACUUGUGGGAAACUGCAAAGAAGAUUUCUUAUGGCUUUCAUCUUGCAUCUAUUCCAUGCCGGAUUUGUGGAGUCAAUGACUGAUAGUUGUGCAUUUAACAGAGGCUCCUGCCUCAGCUGUGGAUUUCUGCAGCUCCUCCAGAGUUACCAUUGCUCUGUAUGGUGUACAAGGAUGUUUUUUUUUAAUAACCUAUGGUCUGAAUGCUGUAUUCCUAGGUCUUCAUUACGUUAUUUGUUCACUAAUGUUCUCUAACUAACCUCAGAUGGCUUCACAGAACACCUGCAUGUCUAAUGAGAUUAUAUUUACACGAUAACUACUAAUUAGAUGACUUCUGAAACCAAUAAGUAAAGGUCGAUAUUACUUAGCGGUAACGUAGUAAUGGGGCUGAAUACUUAUGCAUACAUCUAGAUUUUUUAUUUGUAAAUUAAUGUUUUUUUUCCGCAGUUUUGUGCUACUUUGUGUUCCAAUAAAAUACGUUGUGGUUUGUAUUGUAUUGGGACAAAACACUUUUGCGAGGCACUGUGGAUCAUCAACAGCUUAUGCAGUGCAGAGACUGGAACUAGGGUUAAACGUUGGCUUUAAAACUGUACAAAUCCAGAUAUGUUCAUAGUUAAUUACUAGACUGAGCCGACUGGUAGCGUUUUAACCACAGAAACCCUUUAAGCUUUUUAUACUGGAAACUUUUAGUUAUCUUGCAAUGAAGAGCAUUCUUGAGAUUAUUUUAGACCAAUUUCGACAAUUCAAUGGCCAUAAAUAUUUAUGAAAAUAUGUUAACGCUCAGUAUUUCUUAUUAAUGAACUCCAGAUGGAAAACUAUGACUUUGACUAAAAACUAUCAUAUAAAGGAAUAUUAUAAUCUCAGUAUUUCUUUUUUCUUUUUUUAAGCAAAACUCUCCUGUCUCUUUUUAUCCUGCUUUAUCCACUAUCUUCUACGAUUAUGUAUAAGAAAGUAAAUAGGGGAACUUCCUCAAUGUAAUCUCACAGCAAUAAUACAUUUUAAGAUAUUUUCUGAACUUUGUAAAACUAUUUUAAUAACAUUUUCUAUCUGCUUAAAGCAGGAUUUAAAUGAGUGUUGUGACAGUUUUUGUUUUUGGAUAUUUUAAGAUAUUUUGACAACGUUUACAUGUAACAAGCUGAAAGGUCAGUUCUGCAAAUUGAGAUAUGCACAUUUAUACUCCUGUGAUCGUUAAACUGUAUUAUAACUGGCAAGGCAUGAUAUGCUAAACUGUUGUGUUUGUGGGGAAAGGACAGUAAUAAAAGAGAGAAUUCAAAUGUCUCAAU